CUCCCUUACAGGAAGCGGUCAAUUCGAAGAUGAAUUUAUAAACAAAUGCAAAAUGCCUCGCACAAAUCAAACUAAAGAAAAAAAUAACAAUGCAACUCCUCAGUCAAGAAGAAAGAGUUCGAACCCAGCACGUAGAAGUCAAAGAAGUGAUGGAGAGACUUCGAGAUCAGGAGGGGCAACAAGUCCAAGAAAAAGAAGAUAUAGGCCAGGAACGAAAGCUUUGUUGGAAAUAAGAAAGUAUCAAAAGUCAACAGAUUUACUUCUAAGAAAAAUGCCAUUUGCAAGACUGGUGAGAGAGAUAUGUUUAGCCCUUUACCCAGAUAAACGGCACUUAUGGACUGCCCAUGCUUUAAUGGCAAUUCAGGAGGCUGCGGAAGCAUACCUUGUCCACUUAUUUGAAGAUGGAAAUCUAUGUGCUAUACAUGCAAAACGGGUAACUAUAAUGCCAAAAGACCUUUAUCUGGCACGACGUCUACAUGGAGGAAUGUAUGCGCCACCAGCAUUUUGAAAUUUCUGUUUUGUCAUAAGUUAUUGUUGAAGUUGCCAAAAGAUGUUAUAGAUCUGGAAUGGAAUCAUCAGCUGUAUCUGGAAAUUUGUGCUCAGCUUUUGUUUGGAAACAACACCAUGGUGAUAUAAAAGAGAAAGGGAUUUGAGGAUUCUUUCUUGCAAGCUUGAAUUGUUAAGAUUAGGAGACGAUCAGAAUGUAGUUAUGGCAGAAUUAUACCUAGAUUAACUUCAAAUGUAUUUUAUUUUUUGUUUUUAAAUUUCAGGUUUAGAAGUGUUUAAAAAAAUGAAAUUAAUUGUCAUUUAGAGUGAUAAAAUGUCUAGGGUAGUUGAACUAAUGUUGACCUAUUUUUGGGCUCACUACAAAUCUAGUGUGAAAGAAGCAUGUUUAUAUACAAUGUAAUAUUUGCAAUUUAUAAUUGUGUCCCACUUCAGGGAAGAGGAAGUACGUUUGCUUAUGUAGGUUUGUCCAUAGGUAGGUUCGUCCAGAGGUGGAAGUAACGCACCUAGAGAGAUUUAUUUGAAUAGAGAGAAAACAACCAUUUCAUAGGCCGUUGCUUGCUUCGUGUGAGGAAACAUUUUGCAACAGGGCUUUGAAGUAAAAUUUUUCAAUUAGAAAAUUUACUUUCCCAAAAAACAGCUAAUCAUUGGUAAGAAAAUAUUAUUUUUAAAAUAAAAAUAAUUGUGGAACCUGGAUGCAAUGUUCAUGUCCAAAUGCUGAUUUUUGCUAAUGGCUCAUUUUCCCAGGGGCAAGAAAUUUUCAAAAUUAUAUUUUGGCAUAUUGUUCUCAAUAAACAUUAUAAUUGUAAUGUAUUUAAAUGUAUAUGGCUCACGGACUCAUACUGAUUUCCAGGUACGUUACAUCCACCUUUUUGGUUUGUAAGUCAUUUCUUCUGAUUAUUGGAUUUCAAAUCAAAAACUGGAAAAAAAAUAUUGGUCUAUAGUUGUCAAAAUUCAUAGGGUCAUUGCUUGUGGUCACUAGAUGACCUCUACAGUUUCUUUGGGUCUGUAAUGUCAAAGGUCAAGGUCACAGUGACCUUGAGACUAAGCAAGGUUUCUGAUCAAUAAGUGGAGAUCUUUGACAGUGAAACAGCAUAGGAUGUUUGCCUUUGGUCUCCACUCCAUUGUGUUUUUUUUACAAGACUAAUAUGUCAAAAUUCAAGAUCACAGAGAAACUUUUUAGAUCAAUAACUGUAGAACACAUGUCAAUAUUGCAAUCAAACUAGAACAGUUUUUAUGCCCCCGAAGGGAGGCAUAUAGUUCUUGAACCGUCUGUCGGUCUGUCAGUCUGUCGGUCUGUCAGUCUGUCCGCAAUUUUCGUGUCCAGUCCAUAUCUUUGUCAUCGAUGGAUGGAUUUUCAAAUAACUUGGCAUGAAUGUGUACCACAGUAAGACGACGUGUCGCGCGCAAGACCCAGGUCCGUAGCUCAAAGGUCAAGGUCACACUUAGACAUUAAAGGAUAGUGCAUUGAUGGGCGUGUCCGGUCCAUAUCUUUGUCAUCGAUGGAUGGAUUUUCAAAUAACUUGGCAUGAAUGUGUACCACAGUAAGACAACGUGUCGCGCGCAAGACCCAGGUCCGUAGCUCAAAGGUCAAGGGCACACUUAGACUUUAAAGGAUAGUGCAUUGAUGGGCGUGUCCGGUCCAUAUCUUUGUCAUCCAUGGAUGGAUUUUCAAAUAACUUGGCAUGAAUGUGUACCACAGUAAGACGACGUGUCGCGCGCAAGACCCAGGUCCGUAGCUCAAAGGUCAAGGUCACACUUAGACGUUAAAGGAUAGUGCAUUGAUGGGCGUGUCCGGUCCAUAUCUUUGUCAUCCAUGGAUGGAUUUUCAAAUAACUUGGCAUGAAUGUUUACCACAGUAAGACGACGUGUCGUGCGCAAGACCCAGGUCCGUAGCUCAAAGGUCAAGGUCACACUUAGACGUUAAAGGUCAUUUUUCAUGAUAGUGCAUUGAUGGGCGUGUCUGGUCCAUAUCUUUGUCAUUCAUGCAUGGAUUUUAAAAUAACUAUGCAUGAAUGUGUGACACAGUAAGACGACGUGUCGCGCACAUGACCCAGCUCCGUAGGUCAAAGGUCCUAAACUCUAACAUCGGCCAUAACUAUUCAUUCAAAGUGCCAUCGGGGGCAUGUGUCAUCCUAUGGAGACAGCUCUUGUUUAGCUUGACUUUUCGAAGAAAAAGUAGAGCUAUUGCACUCGCCCCGGUGUUGGCGUCGUCGUUGGUUAAAGUUUUUGAUAAAGUCAAAUAUCUCUGUUACUAUCAAAGCUAUUGACUUGAAACUUAAAAUAGUUAUUUACUGUCAAAGUCUACACCAGGAGAAACAAUCCCCAUAACUCUGUUUGAAUUUUGACAGAAUUAUGCCCCUUUUUAGCUCGACUAUUCGAAGAAUAGUCUAGCUAUUCUACUCACCCUGGCGUCGGCGUCGGCGUCGGCGUCACACCUUGGUUAAGUUUUUGCAUGCAAGUACAUACAGCUAUCAUUUAAAGGCAUAUAGCUUUGAAACUUAUUUAUUCUUUUUCUAGGUCAAUUACCAACCUCACUGGGUCAAGUUCCAUAACUCUAACAUGUAUUUUGAGCAAAUUAUGCCCCCUUUUGGACUUAGAAAAUUCUGGUUAAAGUUUUACAUGCAAGUUACUAUCUCCAAAACUAAUGCAGAUAUUGAAUUGAAACUUCACAUGUGUCUUCGGGGUUAUAAAACUAGUUGAUAGCACCAAGUCCCAUAACUCUGACCUUCAUUUUGGCCAAAUUAUGCCCCCUUUUGUACUUAGAAAAUUUUGGUUAAAGUUUUGCGUGCAAGUACAUACAGCUAUUACUAAAAGGCAUAUAGAUUUGAAACUUAUUUUUUCGUUUUCUAGAUCAAUUACCUACCUCACUGGGUCAAGUCCCAUAACUCUGACAUGUAUUUUGGCCAAAUUAUGCCCCCUUUUGGACUUAGAAAAUUCUGGUUAAAGUUUUGCGUGCAAGUACAUACAGCUAUUACUAAAAGGCAUAUUGAUUUGAAACUUAUUUUUUCUUUUUCUAGAUCAAUUACCUACCUCACUGGGCCAAGUCCCAUAACUCUGACAUGUAUUUUGAGCAAAUUAUGCCCCCUUUUGGACUUAGAAAAUCCUGGUUAAAGUUUUACAUGCAAGUUACUAUCUCCAAAACUAAUGCAGAUAUUAAAUUGAAACUUCACAUGUGUCUUCGGGGUUAUAAAACUAGUUGAUAGAAUCAAGUCCCAUAACUCUGACAUGUAUUUUGGGCAAAUUAUGCACCCUUUUGGACUUAGAAAAUCCUGGUUAAAGUUUUGCGUGCAAGUACAUACAGCUAUUACCAAAAGGCAUAUAGCUUUGAAACUUAUUUAUUCUUUUUCUAGGUCAGUUACCAACCUCACUGGGUCAAGUUCCAUAACUCUUAACAUGUAUUUUGAGCAAAUUAUGCCCCCUUUUGGACUUAGAAAAUUCUGGUUAAAGUUUUACAUGCAAGUUACUAUCUCCAAAACUAAUGCAGAUAUGGAAUUGAAACUUAACAUGUUUCUUCGGGGUUAUUAAACUAGUUGAUAGCAUCAAGUCCCAUAACUCUGAUAUGCAUUUUGGUCAAAUUAUGUCCCGUUUCGAACUUAAAACUCUUUUGAUAUUUAACAUUUUGGGUAAUAAUUUCCUGCUUCUGUGACAAUAUUUCGAAUAGUCGAGCUUGGCUGUCUUACGGACAGCUCUUGUUAACUUAGAAUUUUUGGUUAAAGUUUUUGAUAAAGUCUAAUAUCUCUGUUACUAUCAAAGCUAUUGACUUGAAAUUUUUAAAAUACUUAUUUACCAUCAAAGUCUACACCAGGAGAAACAAUUCCCAUAACUCUGAUUUGAAUUUUGACAAAAUUAUGCCCCUUUUUAUCUACGAUUUAUUUCUUAAAAUUUUUGAUAAAGUCAAAUAUCUCUGUUAGUAUUAAAGCUUUUGACUUGAACUCAAAAUAGUUAUUAACUAUCAAAGUCUACACCAGGAGACACAAUUCCCAUAACUCUGAUUUGAACUUUGACAGAAUUAUGCCCCUUGUUAACUUAAAAUUUUUGGUUAAAGUUUUUGAUCAAGUCAAAUAUCUCUGUUACCAUCAAAGCUUUUGACUUGAAACUCAAAAUACAGUCCAAUACCGUUACCUCGAUAUUCAAGGGACUAUAAAAAUUGCAUCGACUUAUCCGAAGUUCGACGUAACGAUAUCGACUAUCAUGGACUAUUUUGAACUUGUGUUGGACGUCUUUAUUGUCAUUAUAUCUCAUGCUUUUUUCCAGAGGGCUUGAAAGGGGAAAGAAAUAAUAUUAAACGUAAAUAUGAUUUUAAUUUUAUUGACAGAUAAAACAUGUUAAUUAAAUACAUACAUACAACUUUUUAAAUUUUGAAAAUAUACAUUUAAACAUUAGCAUUUUGAUUCCUUCCCUAAACAAGUCUGAAUGCAGCGGUAAUGUUCCUAGCUGAAUAGUCAUUUUGACUGUGCUACGAUAACGAAAAUUUGCCAGUUGAAUACGCAUAUUGUUACUCAAUCCUAAAUGGUAGAUUUUUACUCCGUCAAACAGAAAAUAUUUCAUCCAAACUAGUUGUUAUAUUGGAAAACAGCUUUCCUGCUUGCAUGGUGUUUUAUAAGACUAAUUAUUGGAAAUAAAAUGCAAAACUUCCUGACAUUUAAAUUGAAUUAAAGAUUAAAUAACAAACAAGACAAACACACAAACUAACUUGAAUAUAAUUAAUACACCGCCAGACAACAAUAGGUUGAUUUUCACAGCUUACAAAUAACAUGGAUAUUUUUUGACAAGCUGUGAUAUCGACGAAACCAGGUGUAAAAACAGUACAGUUAAGUUGACGGGACUGGAAAAUCUCAUCGAGCUAAAAGAAAUAUCGAGCUAAUCAUAUCGAGGUAAUGAUAAAUAAUUACAUUAAGAUAAAUAGGGAAAAAAUCAGGACCGAAUCCAACACAUCGUGCUAACCGGAGUAUCGAGGUAACAAUAUUCAACUGUAGUUAUUUACUAUCAAAGUCUACACCAGGAGACACAUUAUUCCCAUAAUUCUGAUUUGAAAUUUGACAGAGUUAUGUCCCUUUUUAACUUGGAAUUAUUUUUUUUACUGGCAAAGCUCUAAUUCAGAAUCAAGCACUGAGAAAAGUCAUGUGUGCUGUCUUACUGACAGCUGUUGUUAUGUGGACAGUGACUGACCUAUAUUGUUGCUUUUUGGCUGUUGUUAUGUCAAAAUAUAAGGCCACAAUGACGUUAAAAGUAAGUGAACAGUUUCUGAUUAAUAACUGAAGAACAAACAUACAUAAAGCAACAAACUUCCUUUGAUAAUUGCCUGUGGUCAGUAAGUGACCCCUAUUGACCCUGGGGUUACUAUGCCAAAGGUCAAUAUCAAAAUGACCUUUGAGCAGAAAAUAGUUUCCUAUCAAGAUAAUGACUGGAGAAGGGUUGAACCUUAAACAGUUUAGUUAAAUAUGAUGCUAUUGUGUUUUCAGUUUGUGUGUCACUAGGUCAAAGGUGAAGGUCAUAAUAUACUUGACAAAAGCUUAUAAUUACAAAUCCACUUACCUCAGACAGACUAUCAUUGGGGGUGUAUGCAUUUUACAAAUAAUUCCUAUUUAAGCAUUCUGUUACAUGGCUGAUACCUUAAUCUAUUUUAAGUGUUAAAUGAAAGAAGGACUAGUGUUUUAUGUUAGUAGAUUUAUUUACAUGUUUAUUUAAAAUUUCGUGGUCACAAAGCAAUAUCCUCAGAAGUAAAUGUUUGAUUAUGGUAAUGGACUCGUAAUGACGGUCAGCAGAUAAUUGAGCCGCACCAUGAGAAAACCAACAUAGUGCAUUUGCGACCAGCAUGGAUCCAGACCAGCCUGCGCAUCCGCUCAGUCUGGUCAGGAUACAUGCUGUUUGCUUUCAAACCCAGUUAUUGCAAUUACAGAAACCGUUAGCGAACAUCAUGGAUCCUGACCAGACUGCGCGGAUGCACUAUAUUGGUCUUUUCAUGGUGCGGCUCAUAUUGUUCUCGCCAUAUGCAAUUUCCACAUUCUCCAGUUUUUAGCUCGACUAUUCGAAGAAUAGUCUAGCUAUUCUACUCACCCUGGCGUCGGCGUCGGCGUCGGCGUCGGCGUCACACCUUGGUUAAGUUUUUGCAUGCAAGUACAUACAGCUAUCAUUUAAAGGCAUAUAGCUUUGAAACUUAUUUAUUCUUUUUCUAGGUCAAUUACCAACCUCACUGGGUCAAGUUCCAUAACUCUAACAUGUAUUUUGAGCAAAUUAUGCCCCCUUUUGGACUUAGAAAAUUCUGGUUAAAGUUUUACAUGCAAGUUACUAUCUCCAAAACUAAUGCAGAUAUUGAAUUGAAACUUCACAUGUGUCUUCGGGGUUAUAAAACUAGUUGAUAGCACCAAGUCCCAUAACUCUGACCUUCAUUUUGGCCAAAUUAUGCCCCUUUUGGACUUAGAAAAUUCUGGUUAAAGUUUUGCGUGCAAGUACAUACAGCUAUUACUAAAAGGCAUAUAGAUUUGAAACUUAUUUUUUCUUUUUCUAGAUCAAUUACCUACCUCACUGGGUCAAGUCCCAUAACUCUGGCAUGUAUUUUGGCCAAAUUAUGCCCCCUUUUGGACUUAGAAAAUUCUGGUUAAAGUUUUGCGUGCAAGUACAUACAGCUAUUACUAAAAGGCAUAUAGAUUUGAAACUUAUUUUUUCUUUUUCUAGAUCAAUUA